UCCGUCAAGCUCCCGGCUGCGCGCGUUCCCGCCGGGUCCCGACCCCGCCGCCCGUUAUGGCGGCCCCCGGACCCUGUGGGGACUCUGUCCUGAAAGAUGUAGUAGCCUAUGUUGAAGUGUGGUCAUCCAAUGGAACAGAAAAUUAUUCAAAGACAUUUACAAACCAACUUGUGGAUAUGGGGGCAAAGGUUUCAAAAACUUUUAACAAACAAGUAACUCAUGUUGUAUUCAAAGACGGAUACCAGAGCACUUGGGACAAAGCUCAGCAGAGAGGGGUGAAGCUUGUUUCAGUGCUCUGGGUUGAAAAAUGCAGGACGGCUGGAGUACGUAUUGAUGAAUCAUUAUUCCCUGCAGCUAAUUCUCAUGAACACUUACCAAGUCUAAUUAAAAAAAAACGUAAGUGUAUGCAGCCCAAAGAUUUUAUUUUUAAGACACCAGAAAAUGAUAAAAGAUUUCAGAAGAAAUUUGAGAAAAUGGCUGAAGAGCUACAAAGGCAAAAAACAACUCUAGAUUAUGAUGUACCUAUUCUCUUAUUUGAAUCUGAUGGUUCAUUGACAUAUAGUCCCACAAGCACAAUGAGAAGUAGUUACCACAGUGCAAUGGAGAAGAGAUUACAAGAGAUGAAGGAGAAAAGGGAAAAUCUUUCCCCUACCUUUUCCCAAAUGAUCGAACAGUCUCAUGAUAAUCCAGGUAACUCUCCAUGUGAAGAAGCAUCUUCGAACAUUUCACAUGAUACUUUGUGUUCAGAUGAAUCCUUUGCUGGUGAUUUACAUUCAUCUUUUGAUGACCUUUGUGGGAACUCAGGAUGUGGAAAUCAAGAAAGGAAAUUAGGAGGAUCCAUUAAUGAAAUUAAAAAUGACAUGUGUAUUUCUUCACCUGUAUUGAAAGCACACAGUAUUCAUUCGUCAGCAUCUUCCAGUUACCUCAACCAGUUAAGUCCUCAGAAAUUCAUGAGUAAUCUUUCAAAGAAAGAAAGAAAUUGGCAAAGAGAUACUACAGGUGAAAUUGUCACCCCUGACAAAAAGCAGGCUGAAAGUAUAUCUAAGGAGCUGUUUGAUGAGAAAUACAGUUUGUCUCCUACAUUAUCUUCACAGAAAGGCUGCCUUUUGGUGCAUUCAGUACGCAAGGGUUCCUCAGUGAAGAGAAAAAGGACAGCAGAGUACUUACAUUCAUCUCCAAAAGAAAACCUAAAAAAGAGGUCCAGCCGGAGAUCUAUCAUGCCAAGGCUGCAGCUGUUUAAGUCAGAAAACAACCUGCAGUGCAUGCCCAGAUCUGCUGCUGAGACUCUGGAUUAUGGAGAGUCCUCAUAUGAUGAUUAUUUUUCACCUGAUAAUCUUAAGGAAAGGAAUUCAGAGAAUCCUCCUCAGUCUCAGCCACCAUCAAGCCCUGCUCAUUUCAGCUGCAGAAGUCUUUCUAAGAGGGAGAGAACAAGCAUAUUAGAAAUGUCUGAUUUUUCCUGUCUUGGUAAAAAACUUAGAUCAGUCAACAUUUCUGAUUUAAUAGUAAAACCCAGCUCCAGUCUGCAGAAAACUGGAAAUGGUAAAGUCAGCACAACUUUGAGUUGCAUGAUGUCUGAGGGAACUUCUGCCACUGUAGAAACUCCAGGGUGUUGUAAACAGGCUGGGCCUCUGCAGGGAGAGGACACAUGUCCAUAUGGAAACAGCUUUUCCUGCACCUUUGAUGACCCUGCUCAUCCAGAAGGACCUCAUGGAGAUUUAAUUCCUUUGAAAGGAGGCAGUAAAGAAAUGAAAGAAGUGGUUGGUAUAAAAAGCACACAGAUAGAAGGUACCACUUCCAAAACGCUGAACUCCUCUGAAGGUGAAGCACAAAGUGAUAAUAGGCUAAAUUUUGCAGAUGAUUAUAAUGUGGAAAAAUCUACAGAAGAAAAGGAAAACUUAUCCAGAGGAUAUACUGAAAAUGUUAACAGUGGACCAGCAGGGCAUGAUGUUUUACAUGGCUCAUGUGAAGGCUUGAAGGGCCUCAUCAGACCUCAUGAGGAAUCAAAGAAAAAUGGGAAAGGCAAAAAGCCAACAAGAACAUUAGUCAUGACAAGCAUGCCAUCUGAAAAGCAGAAUGUCGUCAUCCAGGUUCUGAAUAAAUUUCAAGGCUUUUCACUUGCACGGGAAGUCUGUGAGACGACCACUCACGUGCUCUGUGGUGAGCCCAUCCGCACCCUGAACGUGCUGCUCGGAAUCGCGCGCGGCUGCUGGGUUCUCUCUUAUGAAUGGGUACUAUGGUCUUUGGAAUCAGGUCACUGGAUUUCUGAGGAGCCAUUUGAACUUUCUACCUACUUCCCUGCAGCUGCUGUGUGCCGACGUGAGCGCCAUUUGUGUGAAGGACAGUACUGGGGAACCCUCUUUGCCGACCAGCCAGCGCUGUUCAUCUCGCCAGCCAGCAGCCCACCCAGGGCCAAGCUGCGUGAGCUGGUGCACCUGUGUGGAGGCCGGAUCAGCAGAGACCCCCGCCAGGCCAGCAUCUCCAUCGGGCCCUACAGCAGAAAGAAAAAAGCGACAAUCAAGUAUCUGUCGGAAAAAUGGAUUUUAGAUUCCAUCACUCAGCACAAGGUCUGCUCCCCUGAAGACUACCUAUUGCUGCAAUGAUGGAGACCUCAUCGGCCCGUGGCAACUGCAGGCAGCUCGCCAAGCUGUCUUUGGACGUUCAGAUGAAAAACAGCACUGUGAAGGGAAGGAGCUGACUUAUUAAAAAUGACUUUAGAUAUCAUCA